CACUCCCUCCUCUCCCACUAUAUAUUGCAGUGGAGUGCGCUUGUUCAUCAUCUCCUCCCUCCACCGCGCUGAGCUCGAUCGGGCUACUACAUCCAUGGCGAGGAAGCGCAAGGCCUCCGACUCCGCCGCGGGUAUCGACGGCGUCCACUCGCUGCCACCACCGCUGGCUCUGGCUUCAACAGACGCGUGUGCAUGGGCAUCGUCGGGCGGUACUAGCAUGGCCGCGGUGGCUGAGGCGGCGGCGGCGCAGCAGCAGCGGCGGGGAAGGAAGCGGUUCGUGGGUGUGCGGCAGCGGCCGUCGGGGCGGUGGGUGGCGGAGAUAAAGGACACCAUCCAGAAGAUCCGCGUGUGGCUAGGCACCUUCGACACGGCCGAGGAAGCCGCCCGCGCCUACGACGAGGCCGCGUGCCUCCUCCGCGGCGCCAACACGCGCACCAACUUCUGGCCGCGCCCCUCGCCGGCUUCCUCCGUCGCAGUAGCCGCCGCCGCGCAUCCCGCGCCGCCUCCUCCGACGCCGCCGCCGCUGCCGGGGCUGAUGGGGUCUCCAACGCAGCCGCCGGCUCUUCCGUCCAAGGUCACCAACCUCCUGCUCCUGCGGCUCAGGGCCCGCAACAACCAGCAGCAGCUCCUCCUCAACGCCACCCCAGCUCGGCAGCAGGAGGCCGCGGCGGCGGCGCUGCUGCAGGGGCCGCUGUGCGCGGAACCGUACGGCGGCGGCGAGGAGUGCGCCUUCCAAGUCGACGACUUCUUGAGCUACGACUGCGGCAGCGACGAGAACAGCUCACAAGAAAUAGAGGACGAGGAAGAAGAGGAGGAAGAGGAGGAGGAGGAGGAGCUGGACUUCCAGUUCAUGGACCAGCAGACCGCGUCGCCGGGCGCGGGGUGCGAGGGCGGGCUCUGCUCGCCGUUCGAGGUGGUGGCGGCAGAGCUCGGCGGCGCGGUGGAGGCCGGCGGUGGCGAGCCGGCCACGGCCGUUCAGGAGCUGAUGAUGAGCAGGAUGGACUACGAGAGGAAGAUCUCGGCGUCGCUCUACGCGCUCAGCGGCGUCUCGGAGUGCAUCAAGAUGCGCCUCGGCGCCGCUGCCGGUGGCCACGCCGUGCGUGAUCAGCUCUCCGGGCUGAGGGAGGCGUGCCGGAAGAAGCAGCGAGAGAUAGUUCAGCAGCAGCACGAGCAGGAACCAUCAAUGGAUACAGCAGAGGAUGUCAAGCCGCCUCGUGAGGAGCGUUCACCCGGUGACGGCGCCCCGGAGGCGACAAGUUCGUCGUCUGAGGCGAGCCAUGGUGACAGUGACGGCGACGUGCUGCUGUGGAGCUCCCUGGACUUGGCUCCCAUCUGUUGAAUGAGACAUGGUUGAUCAGCUUAGAGAUUGGUUGAGUUUGUUAUUCGUGUACUUCGUUACGUGCAUGGCAGAUCACUAAGAUCAGAAAGCCCUGGUGAUAACGUGCUUACCCAUUUGUUUUAUCUAAGGAAUUCCUAGUAAAUUAUAGUUCAUC